GUAGUAAAGUUGACACAUGUUUCAGGGUUUUUAACUAGUAAUUCGAGUAUAAUAUUACCCCAUAAAUCAAACUGCUUCACUUUUUCUGCGUGCAGUAUUUUUACGUGAAAGUGUCUUGUAUAUCUUUUCAACAACUUCUUUCAAUUCCUCCUUCCCAUUAUGUAAUAUAAUCAGAAAUGAAUCGAAGAAACUGGCCAUACCAGCAAGGAAUGGGCGGGGUAGGUCGAGUGAGAGUAAGGGGAUAACCUCAAUAUAAAAACCUGUGUGAUACUUAAUUUUAUAAUUUACAAAACGUGCAAGUAAAAAUUCCAACAUGGUUGAAGAAACUAAUGCAGUAAAUAAACCGAAGAACAGAACAGCUCGUCCUAGACCAGUAUAUUUGUGGACUGUGCAGGAUGUACAGAAGUGGCUGAAGAGGCAUUGCACAGAUUAUUACCCUCUAUACUCGGACAAAUUUCAACAGCAUGAAAUAACAGGGCGUACACUUCUACGUAUAAAUGAAAGUACCUUAAUGAGACUUGGCAUUGAUGUUCCUCAACACCGUCAAGUAAUUUGGAGGCAAAUUCUGAAAUUACGCCUCAAAAUGGAUAUAGUAGAAAUUCGGGACUUGGAAAGAAGAAACAACAUGAAUUAUGACUAAUUUUAUCAGAUAUUAGUAACAUUUGUAUAUAUUAGUAGGUUUUUUAAAAGUCAGUGUGAUAAUAGGCCAGUGAUUUUUGUUUAUUGUGAGUUUUGAAGUCAUCCAGCUCAAAAUGAAUUGAUUCAUUUUUGAUUGUAAAUUAUCAUGAUGUGUCCAAGAGAUAUCUUACUCAUUAAAGAUUUUCUUUACAAUAUUUAUGCUUCUGUGUGAAGACUUCGAAAAUGUGUGUGUUAAGUUUUUGACUUAUUUAUCAUUAAAAGACAGUAAAAACUGUAUGCAGCAUGUGAGGAAGUAUAAUCUGUGCUCCAAAAUCCCUACCCUACUCUUACACUAUACAAGUGUCAUCAAUGAAUGGCUAUUAACAAUGAGUUGUACCAUAUACUACACGUCAGCCUUCACAAUUGAAAAUCAGAAAUGUCACUGUUAAGUAACAGAAAAAUUGUGUAGAUCAGGAAAUUAACUACAGAUUUGAUUUUAUAGUAUUUCUGACAAAAUAAUAAUCCAGGCCGCCGGCCUGGAUAGCCAAGGUUGCUAAGGCUGAAGGGCUGUUGCUGCCUAAGCGUGAAGGGUCCCAGUUUUGAAUUCUGCACUGGGCAUGGAUGUUUGUGUACGUUGUUAGUAGUGUUCCCACACCGUUACCCCAAAUUUGAAAGUUACAGUGGUCGCUGUAAGACAAAGCAGUUGAAAAGUAACCUUAAAUUAAAGAAUUCAGGCCCUAGUUACACUGCAACUAGCAAAAGGGGGAACUCAAGAAAACAUGCACAUAGUGAAGCUACAUUUAAGUUUUGAAAUGAGUGUUUAUCCAUUAUAAUGUUUUGUUCUAAAUUCUAAUGAGCAUUGACUGAAAAAAAUUUUGAUAUCUGAAAUUUUGGUUGAACUUCACUUUAUUUUAGUUCCUCCAUAUGCAGGAACUGCAAAGGGAUGUAGAGGACUAACUUAUAUAUUAUUUUGGGCAUUAAAAAAGCAUUGGUAGCUUUGUAUUCCAAGUCUCAAGGUGGUUUUAUAUAAAUCUCAGAGGUCAAAAAGCAAAACUUCCUUGUUGACUUACAUAGAAGAGAAACAACUGGUUUGUAAAAGUAUUUUGGUAUAAAACUGCCAAUUUUUUCAAUUUCCUGAGUCAAGGUUGUGUUGUGCUACUUCACUUACAAGCUAGAGGAAAGUUUAACUAAAUAUUUAAUGCAAGUAUCAUUUUCUCAUGGUACAUACACGACAAAAAUGAGACGGGUAAUGCCAAAGAAAAAUGCGUAACUUAAAACAGCAUUAAUAAACAGUAAUUUAAAUACAUGAUAAUAUCAGUUGUAAAGAAGCAUUAUAAUUAUUAUUAUUAUUAUUAAGCAAUGAACUGUUGAUCUGAAAUUAAUGAAUGUGUGUAAAAUUUGUACAGUACAAGAGUAUCUAAACUGAACAAUAUAUGGCAGCUAAUUUAUCUGUUGCUCAUUUCCCAUUGCUAAUACGAACAAACGUUUAUUGUCAAUAAUGUGUGUAUUGCUAUCUUCAGUUAUGAAUAAAACCAAUGUUGGUAAAGUGAAUGAGGGUGAAGAUUAUGGAGCUCUAGAAAACAUACCUAUGUAAUAACAAGCCUGUGACUUUGUUCAAACCAGAGUUCUUUUUGGCUGCUUGUAAAGUGUUUUUGUACAAUUUUUUAUUGAAGUUAUAAAUCAGAGGUAUUUCACAGAGGAAUAUAAAUCAAGAAUAAAACGUGUGCU